CUUUUUUCCAUGAUGAACAUGAAUUUGUAUAAAAUAUUAAGUAAUUCUAUAUGAUUUUGCCUAACGGAUUAAAGACAGUCAAAACAAAAAUUUCAUGAAAUUUGAAUCAGGUUAGUUGUCCGAAGGGCGGUCGCCUUUUCUUCAUAUGAACCCUAAUCCAAAAGCUCAUGAGAUUUGAAUGAGUUAAGUAAAGUUGCCCUUAAAUUUGUGAAAAGUGUGUUUCGAAGGGGAUGAACAAACGAUUAGUUGUAACAGCACUGGAAGGCGGUCGCCUCUUCCUCAUUAAACCCUACAUCCUAUAUACCCAGAACCCUAAUUGAUCCAAUCCCAAAAUUGCAUCCAAGGUCUGUCAUUCGAUCAGAUUAACUUUCAAAAUGCCAUACAAUGAAGACGAAUCCUCCGGCAGCGACUCCGAUGCCGGAUUUGACGAAGAUAUGGAAGCCCUAAGAAAGGCCUGCUCUGUCACAGGUGUCAACGAUUCUGUCGACGACCCCCUCAAAGCAUCCACCACCUGUAGCGAUUCUGGUGACACCUAUGCGUCUGAGGAUGAAGACAUAGAGUUACUGCGUAGCAUUCAACAGCGUUUUUCUGUUCCAACCAACGAUAUUGGCAGUGAACAAUAUCCUAUUUCUAUGAAACCGUUAAGCAUCAUUAUGCCCUCUGGUUUAUCGGAUGACAAUGAGGAUUAUGGUGAAGAUUUUGAAACUCUCCGUGCUAUUCAACGGCGAUUCUCGCAGUACCACGAACAACAAGAAGGAGAGUUCUGUACAGAGACCAGAGCAGAUUGUGUAGAUGGAAGCAACACCAAUCAGAAUUUGGAAUUAUCCAGUAACAUUACCCCUGAGACUCCCUAUGCAAAUAACAGUGAAGGGCAUGAGCCUGGUUCUGAAAUAAUUCCAGCCCCGGAUUGUGGUUUUCCAAGAUCUGCACAGGCAUUUGUUGAAGCCAUCAAGAAGAACAGGAUAUGUCAGAAGUUUAUACGUAAUAAAAUAGGACAGAUUGAAGCAAGGUUGGAAGAAAAUAAAAAACUGAGGGAGCGUGUUAAAAUCCUAAAAGACUUUCAGGUGGCUUGUAGGAAAAAAACAGGCCGAGCAUUGUCUCAGAAAAAGGAUCCACGCAUCCAGCUGAUUUCAGUUCCAAAACAGAGAUCCAAUGCGGCUAAGGAUAAAGAAACACAUGCAAUUAAUCAAGGCCCUGCUGAAAAUUGCCAUGUUGCAGAUUAUAGAGAUGCAAUGUCAAAAUAUCCAUUCUCUUUGAUUAGGGAACCUUGGUCAACAGAGGAGAAUGAGAACCUUUUGAAGGGAAUUAAACAGCAGUUUCAGGAAAUGCUAACACAAAACCUUUUCAGUGGGGAAGAUGUAGAUUGCCAUGAUAUGGACAACAUGCUUACAGAAAUCACACAUCGUGAAAUAUCAGCAGAGGAAAUCCGGUCAUUCCUUCCCAAGGUCAAUUGGGAACGCCUGGCUUCCAUGUAUGUCAUAGCCCGCUCUGGUCCUGAAUGUCAAUCAAGAUGGAUGAAUAGUGAAGAUCCUUUAAUAAACUGCGAGGCAUGGAGUCUGACUGAAGAUAAGAAGCUUUUGUAUACUGUUCAGAAUCGCGGGUUAAGUAACUGGAUUGAUAUUGCUGAUGCAUUGGGGACAAAUAGGACGCCUUUUCAAUGCUUAUCGCGUUUUCAGAGGAGUCUGAAUGCAUCUAUCAUAAAAAAUGAAUGGACUCCCCCUGAAGAUGAGGAGCUUCGUAAUGCUGUUGCUGAAUAUGGGGAGACCAAUUGGCAGCUUGUUGCUUCAACACUUGAAGGAAGGACUGGUACCCAAUGCUCGAAUAGGUGGAAGAAGUCAUUGAACCCAAUGAGGGAAAGAGUUGGGAAGUGGGCUCCGGAUGAGGACAAACAUCUCAAAAUAGCUGUGAAGCUAUUUGGGGCUAAAAACUGGAACAAAAUUGCUAGAUUUGUGCCUGGUAGGACACAAGUACAAUGCAGAGAAAGAUGGGUUAAUUGCUUAGAUCCUGCACUUAACAUGAACGAGUGGACACCAGAGGAGGAUUUAAAGUUGAAAAAUGCAAUUUCAGAACAUGGAUAUCUCUGGUCUAAAGUAGCUGCAUGUGUUCCUCCACGAACUGAUAGUCAAUGUCUCAGGAGAUGGAAGGUGUUGCUUCCACAUGAAGUUCCCAUGCUACAAAGAGCCAGAAAGAUGAAAAAGGCUGCUUUAAUAUCUAAUUUUGUGGACCGGGAACAUGCACGUCCAGCUCUUACUGUAAAUGACUUUGUUGCCCCUCUACUACUUGAAUCGCCCCCUGAACCUAAUCAAGAUCAUAUAACCUCAGACAAUCAAAACCAAAGAGCUGUUCCAAGAAUUAGAUCUAGGAGGGCAAGAAAAGUAAAUCCUACUGAAAAAGUAUUGAAAUUGAUUGAUGAAGAUGAAGAUGAUGGUGACAUGAAAGGCAAUAAUAAUAGAAUAUCAAAGAGGAAGCAAAGUUUGUCAAAAAACAACCCAAACAUCUCAUCUCAAGAGAGCGAAUUGUCGGAUCUAAAUGUUGAUAGGGACAAUUCUGAGAUUAAAAAGUAUGCCCGGAAGCGGAAACGAAGAGGCAAGAGAGAAGAGAAGGAGAUGAAUUUGAAUAUGAAUAUCUUAAAUGAUUCCCAGAUGUGUAGAGAAACACCACCCAUAUAUGAACCUGAAGCAUCUCCAGACAUGUGUAUGACUGAAAUCGAAUCCCCAGAGGGUGAGGGUGAGGGUGCCAUCACCACCAUCACUGAUAAUGAUAAUGAUACUGAAAACAACCAAAACCAACAGAUGGGAUUAUCAUUGGAUCCAAUCAAUGGUGCAGGAUCAUCGCCAUUUAAAACCAAAGCAGCCACCGGGAAACGCAAGCGGAAACCAAGAGGCAACAAAGAACAUGAGGAGGAUGGAACUUUCUUAAAUCAAAAGAAGACCAAGAGAAGCCAUCUGUCUCUUCCAACCGAAAACAAGUCAAACAUCUCAUCUGGAGAGAUAAUCAAUGCUCAAGCUCACGAAUCCCACACCUGGAAGCAAACACAAAGGAGGGGCAACAAGAAGAAAAACAAAAACAAACAACAUGACAAGAGCGAUGAAGCUUUUGAACCUCUUGUUGCUGCCAUUUCAGAUAAAAAAACCAAAACCACCAAUCCCAAUCCCAAUUGUAAUCGUGGGGAUAUAUGUUCACCAUCGUCUCCGACCGAAGCACCACCAGUACUACCCAUCGAAAAGGCACCUUCCAUUACAACACCUAGAAACUGUAAAACGCCAUGUAAACAGGGAGGAGAUGAUGAAGAGACAAUUGGUAGUUUUUUCAGUAGACUAAAGAGGAGAAGUUGUAGUAAUAUUGAUGAUGAGAUUGGAGAUGAAGAGACAAUUGGUAGCUUUUUUGGUAAACUAAAGAAGAAGAAAAGGAAAACUUAAAUGAAAAUAUUAUUGUUGUUUUGAUUUAUCAGAUCUUUGAAGGUCGAGUAGGGUGAGAUGGGGUUUGAUUUGGAUGUUGCGAGAAAAGGUUUUGUUUAAAAGAAUUUUGUAUAAUGAGUGAUGAGUCCAAAGUUUGAGAUGUGAGGACUGAGGAGGAAUUGUCUAUAUCAUAUCGGGAGGGUUCGCUACUUUGUUUUCUUUACAUUCAAAGUAUAUGUUUCAGUGAGUAUAUUAUAUAGGAAAGAUGCCACAACUUUGAACAUGUGUUGAG